AUUUUACCCCUACAAAAUAAAAUAGAAGUGCCCAUGUCCAUUUGCAAAGAUGGCUGCUUUUGAUGCAAUUUCGCUCGUCGAGCAGUGUGAGCAGCAAGAAUUAGAGGCCCCAGGAGGUGUCGCCUCACCAGAACUCUAUAAGAAGCUGCUUGCUCUUUACCUUCUACAAAAUGAUUUAAAUAAUGCAAAAUUUUUGUGGAAGAGAAUUCCAGCUGCAGUGAAAACGGCCGACCCAGAACUUGGCUAUAUAUGGGAGAUUGGUCAGAACAUGUGGCAGAGAGAUUUCUCCUCGUCAAAGUUAUAUAGCGCCCUCAACAGAGAAUGGUCUGAUGUCAUCAAGGAAAUCAUCUCAGCACUUUCAGACUCUAUAAAGCAAAGGCUAUUCCAGCUUGUAGGCAAUACAUACACAUCAAUAGAAGACGAUCAGUUUGCAUCCUAUCUCGGAAUGUCCAAGGAGCAAGCCAUCAAUGCUGUCCAAGAAGAAGGUUGGUCGUACAACUCUACUACUCAAAUGAUUUUACCCAAGAAACCAGUUCCAUCAAGAGAAGCUCCAGCACCCAGUGAACAACAAAUAGCUCAACUGACCGAGUUUGUCGCUUUCUUAGAAAAUUGAAAAUACGUGUAACUCCACCAAUGAAAAAGUAGGCAAGAAGAUAUUGAACAGUUCUCCAGCUGACGCAUUGUAGCCAGCUUUUGAGACUUUGGAUACUUUUCAUUCAGACUGAAGGAUUUGAAACUGAACCAACAUCUUUAAAAAGAAAUUCAGUAUCUGGAACACAUGCCUUUCUUUCCCUUGAAAUGCAGUGAGAAGACUUAAACCGUUAACAAUUUCCCCCAUAUACUAAGGAAGUGAUACAUCUGCACUUUGACGUAGUGUAAACUAAAGACAGUCUAUCGUUCUUCUCUGAGUUACAAACUCUGUAUUUAUACCUACAAAAAAAAAUAUACACAUUUUUUUCUUCAUUUUCAUGGGAAACAUGCUCACAGGUUUUCCUCCUAUUAUUUACUCAAAGUUGAUCUUUGACCUUUAUAUUUCCAGAGCACUUUCCUACUUUGUAAGACUGUCCUACUUUUUUUUAGCCGCGGAUGGCCUGAUCCUUAUAACUCAAGUCGCUUGGAGUAAUCCACAGGGAUUAUGCUGUCCAUGGCUUAGCACAAGCAGUGGAUAUUGCUUUAGAGACCACCCGCAAAAUUCAAAUAAGCCAGAUUCUGGACCCAAACACGGUAGGUUUUGGGUGGAAUGGUGGAUAGUGAUUAUUGGAAGCGUAUGUGUUACAUUAGAACUGAAAAGCAGUCCACAUCUUCAUGUAAAUAAGGCUUUUUGCAGUAACAUCAUGGGAUAUUUGCAGAAUGUGCCCGACUGGAAAGGUGGAAUACUUAAUAGCCCUUUUACUUUAAAGACAUAAUAUAAUGCUGGGGAUUAUGAGACAGUUGGACUGUGAAGAAAACACAGUUUUGUAAAUAAUCAUCUUGUAAAUGUCAUUAUAGUGUAUUAAAAUAUGUGAAACAUAUAAAUAAACAAGUAUGUGUGAAAAUAUGUUCA